AUGGCUACUGCUGCAGAGGGUAUCCUUCCCAAGGGCGACUCUCGAUCGGAGAAGUCGGUUCCCCAAUCGUCGAGCGAUGUCGAGAAGCAGACCGCUGUCCACGAGGAUGGUCUGAAGAGGAACCUCUCCUCGAGACAUCUACAAUUCGUCGCCAUCGGUGGAACUGUUGGUACUGGUGUCUUCAUCGCAUCUGGUGGAUCUAUCGCGACUGCUGGUCCAGCCGGCGCUCUCCUUGCAUACGUCUUCGUUGGUACCCUGGUCUACGCGGUCAUGCUCAGUCUUGCGGAGAUGGCAACAUACCUACCCAUUGCUGGAGCCUUCACACAAUACGCCGCCCGUUUCGUCGACCCUAGUCUUGGAUUUUCCAUGGGAUGGAUCUACUGGUUUUCAUGGUCUAUCACGUAUGCUUUGGAACUUACAGCUGCUGGUUUGAUUAUUCAAUGGUGGGACUCUAGUCUCAAUAUUGGCAUCUUCAUCACCAUCUUCUGGGUACCUAUCACUGCCGUCAACUUCCUGCCCGUUGACAUCUUUGGCGAGUUCGAGUUCUGGUUUGCUUCGAUCAAGGUCGUUGCGCUUUUCGGUUUCUGGAUCUUCGCCAUUUGCAUGAAUGCUGGUGUUGGAGAUCAGGGUUACAUCGGAUUCAAAUACUGGAACGAACCAGGCGCAUUCGCCCCUUAUCUCGCCGCCGGACCCGUUGCUAAGUUCGUCGGUUUCUGGGCUGUGCUCAUUCAGGCCGGAUUCGCAUACCAGGGCACCGAGCUGUGCGCCAUUGGAGCUGGAGAAUCAACAAACCCACGCAAGACGAUGCCCCAGGCUAUCCGCAAGACUUUCUGGAGCAUUUUCAUCCUUUUCGUCUUCACUAUCUUCUUCAUUGGUAUCCUGGUGCCCUAUGACAAUCCCGAUAUUGCUAUUGGCGACACCAACGCCGGCUCCAGCCCUCUAGUUAUCGCCAUCAAGCUUGCAGGCGUUAGCGCGCUACCGGACAUCAUGAACGCCAUUCUUCUGACUGUGGUUCUCUCUGCCGCUAGCUCUAAUGUCUACUCUGGAAGUCGUAUCCUUGUCGGUCUUGCUGAGGAGCAUUGUGCGCCCGCAUUCCUCAAGCGCACCACCAAGCGUGGCGUGCCAUACUGGGCCACCGCCGUGACAGCUGCCAUGGGUCUACUCGCAUUCAUGAACCUGUCAUCAAAUGGCGGUGAGGCUUUCAACUGGCUUCUCAACAUCGUCUCUGUCGCUGGAUUUAUUGCCUGGAGCUGUAUUUGCAUCUGCCACAUCUGCUUCAUGCGCGCGCUGAAGGCACAAAACAUGGAUCGCGACACCUUGCCAUUCAAGAGCUGGGGCGGCCGUGGCCUCGCAAUCUAUGGGCUUGUUUUCUGUGUCAUUAUCACCAUUACGCAAGGCUUCACCGCCUUCGUACCCUGGAGCGUUCAGGACUUCUUCAUCAGCUAUAUUAGCUUGAUCCUGUUCGCGGUACUGUACAUUGGCCACAAGGUGGUGACACGAAGCAAGUUCAUUAACCCAGCCGAGGCAGAUCUGCUUACAGGCAAGCUGAAUGAAGAGGAGCCCGCAGAAACCUGGGAAGAAAGCCCGCGUAGUUCAUGGAAGAAGUUCGUCAGCAUCUUCUAA